UCCCCGCUCCAGCCCCUUCGCCGCGCGGGACGAGAGCAGCGCCCGCGCCCCGCCCCGCCCCGCCCCGCCCCGCGCGCCCGGCGGAUGUGACGCGCGCCGAGGCUCCCGCACAUCCCGCACGUGAGGGCGGCCAUGGAUGCGCUGGACCGGGUGGUAAAGCCUAAAACUAAGAGAGCAAAAAGAUUUCUUGAGAAGAGAGAACCCAAGCUAAAUGAAAAUACAAAAAAUGCUAUGCUCAUAAGAGGAGGAAAUGCAAAUUUAACCGUGACUGAAGUGCUUAAAGACAUUUACGCUGUGAAGAAGCCUUUUGCUGUGCUGUAUAAAAGGAAAAAUAUUACUAGGCCUUUUGAGGACCAAACAUCAUUGGAGUUUUUUUCCAAGAAAUCUGAUUGUUCUCUGUUUCUCUUCGGCUCUCAUAACAAGAAGCGACCUAACAACCUGAUAAUAGGUCGCAUGUUUGACUACCACGUGCUAGACAUGAUUGAGCUGGGCGUUGAGAAGUUUGUAGCCCUAAAAGAUAUCAAGAACAGUAAGUGUCCUGAAGGGACAAAACCUAUGUUGAUAUUUGCUGGCGAAGUGUUUGAUGUGAAUGAAGAAUACAGAAGACUGAAGAGCCUUCUUAUUGAUUUCUUCAGAGGUCCCACUGUGCCCAGUAUUCGUCUGGCUGGUUUAGAGUAUGUUCUGCAUUUCACAGCUGUAGAUGGGAAGAUUUACAUGAGAAGCUACAAAGUGCUUCUGAAGAAAUCCGGCUGUAAAAUACCCCGAAUAGAACUGGAAGAGAUGGGACCUUCAUUGGAUCUGGUUAUGAGGAGGACACAUUUAGCCUCAGAUGACCUUUAUAAGCUGUCUUUGAAACAGCCAAAAGGCCUGAAGCCUAAGAAGAAGAAGAAUAUCUCCCACGAUGCGCUGGGUACAACUUACGGUCGAGUCCACAUGCAGAGGCAGGAUCUCAGUAAACUGCGGACACGGAAGAUGAAAGGCUUAAGAAAGAGGCAAGCAGAGAAGUCAGCUGAAGAUGGUGGGGCUGCUCCCAAAAAGGCAAAGUCAGCUUGACUGUCUGGGACAGCUUUGAAAACUCAUUGUAGUUUCAAAUUUAAAAUAUGUGUUGUAAUAUAAGUUGUCAGACAUAUAAGAUUUAGCUGCUGUUAGCUUUAGUUUUGUAACAAAAUAUCUUUCUAAUGGUUUGUCAUUUUAAAGGGAACAUUGGGGUAUUGAGCUUUAACAUGGAGCUUGGUUAUUUAAAAUAAAAAAUACGAUAUAACUUU